AUGUUGGAAGAUACGCUUAGCAUUAUUUUUGUGGCCAUUUUCACCGCUGUUCUUGGUGAAGGAAUUACAUGGCUUCUUGUUUACCGGACGGAUAAAUACAAGAAACUCACAUCAGAAGUAGACAAGCACACGAAAAAGUUGGAACGAAAGCGUGAUACUACAUCUGAAACUAUUCUGGAUAAAUCUGCUAAAAAGCGGUUGGGUAGGCACCUUUUAACUCCAUUUAUGCUUAUUUCUCUAAAUUUAAAUUCAGAAAAACAAGAGGAACGUCUUAAAAAUUUUACUCGGGAUCUUCAAGCAGUUAAAUUCAAGUCAUUGUUUGCAACCGGCAUAAUUUUCACCUCUGUUUUGAGCGCUUGUAAUUCUGUCUUCGAUGGUCGUGUUGUUUGCAAGCUUCCAUUUAUUCCAAUUUCCUGGUUCCAAAGCAUGUCACACAGAAAUCUUCACGGUAACGAUUACACAGAUUGCUCUUUCAUUUUCCUCUAUAUUAUCUGUACAAUGACUAUCCGUCAGAAUAUUCAAAAGAUCCUUGGUUUCGCUCCUUCCCGUGCAGCCAGUGCUUAUCCCUCAAAUAACUAA